AAUAUGUUUAAUUCAAUAUUAUUUAUAUGCGUGCUUGUAUCGAGUGAACAACCAGCAGAUUUUGGCAAGAAACAACAGACCGUAAGCGCAAACAUUUAAAAGGUUUUAAUUACGUAAAAAUUGAAUCAAAUUUUAAAGUUUUGUGCGAACAGUCAGCUAAAAGAUGAACAGUGCGGUGGGUAUUGCUAUAAAAUAGUAAAACAUCUGCUGCAAUAUGUUGCUUCCGUGCAAACGAAGGAACAACAGUAUGUCGAAUUACUGGAAAAAGUCCAUGUCCUUGAUAUAAGCGUUAACUAUAUGGAAGAAACAAUUAGAGAUAAGCAAAUGCAAUUGGAAAUGCAAAUUGAACUGAAUAAUAUCCAUAAAAAGAAUGCCGCAAUCACAAAGGUGUUGCUAAAUGAAAAAAAUAGACAACUAUUGGAGCUACAGGAUCAGAUCGAACGCUAUAAGCAGGAAAAGAAUUUAGAAUCUCUGGAUAAGUCCUUAAAUGGUCAGGCAGUACAAUCCGAAGUUCUCUUUAAAAAUAAAAAUUCCCUUAACUUGAUUAGUACAGAAAAAUGUCUACAUUCAAAGGAUAAUUCACUUGACGACAAACGGGAAAAGGUUGUCAAAAACCUGGAAACUAUAUCAACACUUCAUUCUAUGGAUAAAUAUCUGUCCAGCAAUUGUCUAGAUAAAUCGAAUGAUAUAUAUUUGUUAAAAGUACCUGGCUUGGAGCCUUUUCCAGUGCUCUGUGAUUCGACUCUGGCUGGUUCCGGUUGGACUGUGGUGCAACGUCGUAAAGAUGGCACUGAAAACUUUAAUCGUAACUGGCAAGAUUAUCGCGCUGGGUUUGGAGAUUUGCGUGGCGAAUUCUUUAUGGGCUUGGAGAUAUUGCAUCGGAUGACCAAAGCGCAGUCACACGAAUUGUUUAUACAUCUCGAGGAUUUUCAUAAUGAAACACGAUAUGCACAUUACAAUAACUUUGUCAUAGGCAGCGAGCAUGAAUCGUAUAAGAUAGAGAGUCUUGGCGAAUAUUCGGGAAAUGCGGAUGAUGCAUUGUUGCAGCACAAAAAUUGUAAAUUCUCCACACCCGAUCGACCCGUUGCUGGAAAAUCGAAUUGUGCUGUACUUUAUCAAUCUGGCUGGUGGUUCAAUGGUGGUUGUUAUCUCUGUAAUCUCAAUGGCCAAUAUAUUACACAGAAUAUUGAGAAUCCAAAUGCCAUCGAGUGGAGAACUUGGCAUUUUAGACCUCUUAAGUUUGUUCAAAUGAUGAUCAGACCGACUAAAUAAUUGACACAAUCUGGAUAUGUGAUCUACAUACAUAUUGUAGCUAAAAUAAAAUUAAAAGGAUAGUAAGCGGUUUAUGCACAUUAAAUUUAAACAUGGCCUGGUCUUGAAACUUCGCAAUAAAAAGUCAUGACUCAUAACUCGGAACUCCGUGGCUUAGUAUCCGAAUAAGCUUUCAGGAUUGGCUAUUAAAUUUACAAAUAAACGUUGAAAGUCAAUCGACAAUGUUUAGUCCGAGUUCAAGUUACUUAUUUUACCCAUUGGUAGUAAGUAUUUAUAGCGCAACUGAUAUAAAAACUAAACUAAGCUGCUGCUCUUCGUGUCCUUCCUUGUAACAGUCCCUACAUUAAAGUCACGGCAAUUUAUCCUUUGCAUUGAUUGCCUGUCCUUCAAAACUUGGCAAUUACCGUAUUCUAUUGCAGUCGGGUCACAGGCGUAAGGUGAAUCCAAAUUUCAAUAAGGCUCUGUGAUAGGCUUAAAGUCCCCGUCAGCUGUUAUGUGGAAAAUGUUCACGCAUUUGUCUUUACCUGCAGAAAAUGUAGCAGUUACUUUUCGGGGGCAAAAAUCAAUCGUCUUACACAUACACGCAUGCAUACAACUCCUCUGAUCGCCCGCCGCCACACGCCCUGAGGCACCUUAAUCAAAAACUCAUUUUGGGUGGCCAAGGUCCUGGUCAGACACUUUGCCAGGCACCUCGCUCCUGGCUGCAAGCCCAAGUGAUUAGUUGUGCGUUAACCCCGCUGCAGUUCAGUUCAUUUCGGUCCGGUUCGGUUCUGCUGGGGCGGAUACGGUUUUUGGUUUUUAGUUUCCGGUUUCGAUGUGUUGGAUGCGCCUGAAAAUUGCAUUAAAUUAUUCAUUUUUGGGCCAGUGCAGUCCGUGUGCCUUGCUGAAUACUCUGUUUCCAGCAAUGCAAUAGAGCAUUUUUGUUUUGUACAAUUUCAUUCUGUCGGUCUGUUUUGCACAAAGUCUUUCAGUAAGCCCAGCGUCUUGGUAACACCAGUUGGAUUUUCAUCCCACUAUGAUAGGGCUGUAAAGCCUACAUCAGCUGGGGAUCAAAUAUACAAAAUCGUGAUAGUUUAAGGCGAAUGUUAUAGAAUUUGAUUUUUGGCGAUAUUUAUUUAUUUGUGCUCAUU